AUGAAGUCCUUUUGUGACCCUUUAUCGUUUGCCAAAAUUACCAUCUUUCUUUUUUCAUUUGUGCUGCUAGCUACGGCUAAUCACGCUCAUGAAGAGUUUCUCCAAUGCCUGAGCUCUCUUAUACCCAAAUCAAUUAUUUACACUCCAAAUAACCCGACGUAUUCCACUAUAUUAAGUUCAAAGAAUCAAAAUCCUCGUUUUUCUUCUUCUUCGAUCAAAAAUCCAUCUGUCAUCGUGUCACCAUUAAAUGUCUCCCACAUAAAACCCACUGUCUACUGCUCUAAGAAACACGGCGUGCAAAUAAGAAUUCGAAGUAGUGGCCACGAUUAUGAAGGCGUUUCUUUUCAGUCCACUGUCCCAUUUUUUGUACUUGACUUGAGUAACCUAAGGUCUAUUCGCGUUGAUGCGGAGAGCAAGACGGCAUGGGUUCAGACAGCUGUGACGCUUGGUGAGCUUUACUAUAGGAUUGCUGAAAAAAGCAAAACUCUUGGCUUCCCAGGCGGUCUUUGCAGUACCGUUUGUGUUGGUGGACAAUUAGGUGGAGGAGGUUAUGGCUUUCAAUCGCGAACAUACGGCCUCGCAUCAGAUAAUAUUAUUGACGCGCAAUUGAUCAACGCUCAAGGAAAAAUUCUCAAUCGGAAAUCCAUGGGGGAAGACUUGUUUUGGGCCAUACGUGGUGGCGGAGCAGGAAGCUUCGGAAUUGUAAUUGCCUGGAAAAUUCAACUGGUUGACGUGCCUCCCACAGUGACUAUCUUUGAAGCAACAAGGUAUUGGGAAAACAAUGCAACAAAAAAGUUUAUUCAUCAAUAUCAACGCCGUGCUUCUAAGAUCGAUAAGGAUCUAACUAUCUUCAUCGGAUUCCGAACUGUGAAUGCGAGCGAUGAACAAGGGAAUUCAAAAAUUAAAAUAUUAGCUAUUAUCUCAGCUACAUUCCACGGUAGCAGGGAUAGGCUCCUUCCAUUGAUGCAAAAAGAGUUUCCUGAAUUAGGUUUGCUUAAAGAAGAUUGCACAGAAAUGUCGUGGGUCCGAUCCAUUGCCCAUUGGAAUGGUUUUAGAGACGAUGAUGAUCCCUUGGAUGUUCUACUCAAUAGAACAAACAAUUUCGUACCGAAUGCUUUUAAAUUGAGAUCUGAUUAUGUGAAAAAGCCUAUUUCAGAUGACGUGUUGGAAAAAUUAUUGGAUAGAUUGUAUGAAGAGGAGCUAGGAGGAGGUGUUGUGGAAUUCUUUCCCUCGGAGGAAAAUUGA